AUGGAUUUACAACCACGAGGUCCAGAUCGUUGGAUAUUUCUGUAUCGAAAGGCGGGAAACGUAGCCGAACCGGUCCUUCUCCCAGUGCACGAUCCCGUGGUCGAUCAGCAUCAUCGAGCGUCAGGGGUGGUCGCCACCGGAGUUGUUCUUGCACAGGAACACGGACGUGCUACUCAGCCAGAAGAUGAGCCUGAACUGAGGGUAGCAUCGCCUACACCGUCCGAAAGUCUCGUUACUGAAAGGGAGACAAAGAACAACUUCUUGUAUACGGUUCUGAAAGGAAACAGACGAUGUACCAUUCCUGGCACGAUGUACUCGAAGCGUCUGCCUGAUUCAUGGAUUCGCAUCCAUUUCAUGCUUCACGAUGAAGACGGAGCGCAGCUUGCUUGA